AUGGGAUCUUGUUCCUCAAAAAAAUUUCAAACAUACUAUUCUACAACUAAUUAAAGUCAAAUCACGUAGGAUCACCCUUUUCCUAGAAUGUCAUGGGCCAAUAAAUACAUACAGUAACCAUAAGAACGAACAAUUACGCCUUACAAUCCUAACAGUCUUGAAUAUUAGUAUAAUGUCGAAGUAGAAGGUGUGAUAUUUGAUGUUAUUGCUCCUCCCGACUUUCUUGAUGAUGAUAAUUUGGAGCCAUUCGAAAAUGAUGAGUGA